AUGACACAGAACGUCCAACCACAGCAGCGCCGCCAGACGGAGGAUGCUGUUACGCUUGGUCGAGGAGUAGCGGCGCAGCGAGUGCCUCAGCAGCACCCUUUCAAUCGACGACAGAACCGAGGACCACCAACUUUUCCACAUCCAAAUCACGAACAACAGCUUCUCAGACUUCACAACCAAGCCAGAGCACCCAGUAACCGAAUGGAGCUGAAGAUCGCGAUCCACCGCGUACCUCUGACCUGGGGAACCUAUGAUCUGUGGAGAUCAUUCGAGCGCUUUGGAAACAUCUCCUACAUCAAAGUUCACGAGCCGAGGAGUAUCGACAAGACUGCCAUGAUAUUCUUCCGACCUGCACCAGCUGAUGUCUCAUGGGUGGGAAGGACCAUCCAGGGCAUAGGGCCGAACAACAAUGUCGAAUAUGUUGACACCAUCGAUCGCUCCGAGAUGCCGACGACAUAUCCAAGCGUGUCCACGAAGAAGUCCUUCCCAGAGCGCAUGUUUCUACCUUUGCUGCAAGCCGACUUCGGCGUCAUGAAAGAUGAGACUUCGAUGUUGGUGAUGCAUUCGUCGACUGCCACGGCCUCUUUCGUUCCGCAGCUUACUCUGGAUCUGCGUUGGAAGGCAUUGUUCCUCACAUUUUCGGUCACGAUGCCAGCGACGUCGGGCGGCACGCUCGAGCGGCACUUCAAAAUGAAGAUCAACCCCUCCCAAAUCUGCGACGGAAGCGUAGAGCAUCCGAAAGAGGGUAACACCGCAGCGCUCAUCUUGACGCUGGAUAUGCCACCUAUGGUUGAACGCAAGACGUCCAAUAUUCGAGCCACGCAUGAGAAAGGCAAGUCUGUCUGGGACGACAAGAACAUCUGGUUACGACAAACCGAUAUCGACGAGGAUCCAACGGGCAGAAAAUCGGGGGUCAAACUUCGCAAGGAGAAUUGCAUAAUAGAUAUUGCACGCUGGCUGGCCUACCGACUCGUCAUCGACAAGGCCAGUAUGGGCGAUGAUAUCUUCCAGGCGCUGGCUGAUCACAAUGUCAAGAUCCAGAAUGACAAGGCCUUGAAGUACAGUCGGGAGCACUAUGGCAACCCGAACGCUCUCUGGUCCGCGCUGGAUCCUGCUUCGAAAGCCAUCAAAACGGUAGAUGAAAAGUACUCAUCCCUGUCCGACCUACAAGUAAUGGCCAAUGACGAAGUGAACCUCCCGUUCGAUGUUCGCUACCGGCUCGAGGUUUGUCUCAGCCAAGGAGUGUUGCACGAGAGCAACGUCAACGCCGAGUUCAUGAACAAGUUGUCCACACUGGCAGUAACAGACCAGCUCAGGGCGUGCAAGAUUCUCGAGAAGGCUGCAGAGUCCCAGGCUCGUUACCAUGAUCCAGAUCAGAUUUUUCGUCUGCAAAACCAGGUCUCUGUGGUGGAAAAGAAGCGGCCGGGCUACUGCAUCAAGAUUCCCUCUGCCAACGUGACGCCGAGCACCAUUUACUAUUCUACGCCAGUGCUGGAGACCUCGAAUCGUAUCAUCCGCCAGUUCUCCAAGUAUGAGAGUCACUUUUUGCGUGUGAAGUUCACGGACGAGAAAUACAAAGGCCGGAUAUUCGCUGACGAGUCUCAUCACUUGGACGAAGUGUACUCGCGUAUCAAGAGAACGAUGGCCUAUGGCAUUUGGAUCGGAGAUCGUCAUUACGAGUUUCUUGCCUUUGGCAACUCGCAGUUUCGCGAGCAUGGGGCGUACUUCUUUUGCUCGACACCCUCUCUAUCGGCGCAGAUGAUUCGCGACUGGAUGGGAAACUUUCGCAAUAUCAAAGUCGUCGCGAAGUACUGCUCUCGACUCGGCCAGUGCUUUUCUACGACGAGAGCCAUUCCCAAUACCGUCGAUCUUGUCCGUAUACCUGACGUGGAGCGUAACGGAUUUUGCUUCACCGAUGGAGUUGGAAAGAUCUCUCCGUUUCUGGCUCGGUUGAUUGCCAGCCACUUCAGCCUGCCCAAUACGGAGCUCGAGUAUCCUGCCAUGUUUCAGUUUCGUCUGGCUGGUUGCAAAGGCGUCUUAGCCGUCGACCCUGCGCUCAAAGGCCGGACCAUUGAGAUUAGGCCAAGUCAAGAGAAGUUCGCUGCUCAGUUCUACGGUCUGGAGAUCUGCAGAAUCUCGCAAUUCUCUACCGCCUACUUGAACACGCAGCUGAUCUUGGUACUCUCCGCACUCGGUGUGCCGGACGAAGUUUUCGUGGGAAAGCUGCGAGCCAUGCUUGCCGAUCUGUCCGAGGCUAUGACGAGCGAGAGGAAGGCGAAGGAGCUGUUGCAGAAGAACAUUGACUUCAAUCAGAUGACCAUCACGCUGGCAUCUAUGAUCUUCGAUGGCUUCAUGGAGACCAAGGAGCCUUUUAUGAUUUCUUGCCUACGUCUAUGGCGCUCUUGGAGUCUGAAAUACCUCAAAGAGAAGGCCCGGAUCUAUGUCGAAGAUGGUGCAUUUGUUCUCGGUGGUACCGACGAGACGCAGACUCUGCGCGGCCAUUUCGAAGGUCGUGUGGAUACCGCUGGAGUCUUGAGCUGCGGUACCAACGAUGAAGAGCUCGUGAAAGAGAAUAUUGAGUCAACACUUCCCGAGAUCUUCUUACAGAUUCCGGACCCUGACGCUCAAGGCAAGUGGAAAGUCGUCGAGGAGAUCUGUGUGCUUGCCAGAAACCCAUCCCUCCAUCCUGGAGAUGCCCGUAUCGUCCGAGCAGUGAACGUACCGGCUCUCCACCAUUUGAAGAACUGUGUGGUACUCCCUCAGACCGGCGAUCGAGACCUUGCGAACAUGUGCUCGGGCGGCGAUCUGGAUGGUGAUGAUUACCUCGUCAUGUGGGACAAGGAUCUGAUGCCACGAGAGUGGAAUCAUGCUCCAAUGGACUACACCGCUCCCCCACCUGUCGAGAGCCAUGGUCCCGUCACCGUUGAGGACAUGACCAAUUUCUUCGUCAAGCACAUCAAGUACGACAAUCUCAACCGCAUCGCCGUUGCCCAUCGGUACUGGGCCGACGAUCCCCAGAAUCCAGAUGGCAUCAAGGGGGACAAAUGCCUCCAGCUGGCCGAACUGCAUUCCAAGGCCGUCGACUUUGCGAAGACCGGUGUGCCGGCUGAGGUCCCUGAGGAUCUGAGGACGAGGCGCUGGCCACACUGGGCGGAGCCGAAAGGCAAGUCGAAACACAAGAUCUACCAAUCCCGCAAGAUCCUGGGCAAGCUGUACGACGAAGUCAAGCGAGAGCCCUUCCACGCCGCGUGGGAAAUGCCGUUCGACCAGCGGAUUCUCAGCUCCUGCCACGCGAGCGAAGAGAUGCUGCAGGGCGCACGAGAAAUCAAGGGGCUCUACGACGAAGCCGUGCGCCGGAUCAUGGCCGCCCACGGCAUCAGGACGGAAUUCGAAGUCUGGACGGGUUUCGUGCUGGAGCAUCAUCAGGACAUCAACGAUUACAAGUUCGCCGAGAAUAUCGGCGAGAUUGCCCGUGCGCUUCGACAGCAGCACCAGGAGAUGUGCUACGAGAGAGCGGGCACGAAUCCGAGAGAGCGCGAUUGGGAAAGGAUGAAACCUUUCCUCGUCGCCAUGUACACCGUGACGGCCGACGAAGUCGGCCAAGCCGUUGCCGAAUCGAAAGAGGCAACAGUCAAGGGUGGCCGCGCAGUGCCCCUCCGCUACUUGACGUUCGAGAAUAUGCCCUUCACUUCCUUCCCCUGGCUCUUCGCUCGCGAGCUGGGCCAGAUCGCCACCGGCAGCUCUUCUGGCCCUCCUCUGCUCUCUUCUUCCCUUCCAAGACCUGUCGCCAGAGCGCCCGCGCAGAAGAAGCAACAGCCCGGUCUGGAUCUCCUCGGCGAUAUUCAGCUUCCACAAUUACCAGAGGUCAACACCGACAUCGGUGUGAUCCGUCGUGGUGAUGUGCUGGAAGUGAGAGGUGAACACCCGGCCGCGGACGCGCCUGUUCCCGGUUGGGCGCAGAAGCCAUUCGAGGAGGAGGCCGACAAGAUGGAGCGGAAUGCGUCUUCGAAGGGGAAGGCUAUGCCGCCUAGUCUCUCCGUCACGCCCCCUUCGCCACCGCCACGUCAGCCUGAAGAGGUAUCUGCGCUCACCAAGAUGGUCGGAGAAAAGCUGCCGGUCGAUGAGGCAGGAGGUGAGUCGAAUGAGGAUGAAACGGAACAGGUGACGAUUGAUUUCGAAGCGAAGCCUUCCGCUUUCGAAGCUGUCAAGGCUCGCUUCGGCUUCGACGACGCCGACGACGACGAGUAA